CCUGUCGUUAUGCAAACGCUUGAACGAUGGCCUAUCGCAAUAUGAGGGCUUGAUUGAUUGCGUGUUUGUCGGAGGUUGGCGGUAAAUGCUCUCAAAACUCGGGUUUCAGACCUAUGUUCUAAUCCUUGCAAGACUCCACUGUCGGAGACAUGGGACCGUACUCGGGGUGAUUUCUGCCUAGACUCAUUGCCCUUUACAUGAACAAGACGGACAUCUUCUUCCGGGGUGCGAAUAACUUGAGCUUCAUGAGCUCCUGGAUAUUCCUUGCAUAUGGCUAUAAAAGCUAGAAAAUAGUGCCUCGCAAUUCUUCACUCCUACCUGCAUUACCAACGCAGCCAAAGAGCCUUUCAAACCGCUCAUAAUCCGAUAUACAACGAUGAAGUUCUUCUCUACUCUCGCUCUCGCCCUCAUCCCUUCCUCCGCCCUUGCCGUGACAGUUGGCUAUGAUAACGGCUACGGUGUCGCCAGCAACUCCCUCGCCAAUGUCGCUUGCUCCGACGGCGUUAAUGGUCUCCUGACCAAGGGAUUCACCACAUACGGCUCCCUUCCCACUUUCCCGUACAUCACAUCAUCUGACUCCAUCGCGGGGUGGAACAGCCCGAACUGUGGGACUUGUUGGCAGUUGACGUACAACGGUCGCACGAUUACGGUGCUAGCAAUUGACCAUGCGUUGUCGGGAUUUUACACCUCACAGGCUGCAUUGGAUGAUUUGACGAACGGGCUUGCGGUCGAACUUGGAACGGUGCAGGCUAGUGCGACCCAAGUCGCUGCGUCGGCUUGCGGCUUGUAAUGGACACAUCACGACAUGGAGGGCAUAUGAGGUUCACUGGCAUCGCCGGUUUAUUGGAGUUUAGGACAUAGCACCAGAUACAAACAUAGUUGGACACUUAUUCUUUGCUCUACCUACUAGUACUUCCUGUAGUACAGUCAAAUCACGUUUUGAAAUCUCAUAUGAAGCAGAUCUGCGGUGAAGGAUCGACACUGAUCAAAUUUCGAGAGAUGCACUGAGGCUGUGCUUGUUUGACUACUUCGAUUAUCUACUAUCGAUUACUUGACUAGAAAACGCGACGCACAAACACACUUGCUCAUUAUUUGAAUGCAUCAGGUUGAAUGGGACAUCGGAGCUC